GAGGAGGAAGUGAGAGGAGGAGGUGAGGUGCAGCAGGAAGCUGUUACAUUGCGGGUCUGCGACAGCAUGGCCCAGUCCCUGGGUGAGGACCUGGUGCAGGAUGAUUCCAGCUCUUUGGGUUCUGACUCAGAGCUGAGUGGCCCAGGCCCAUAUCGCCAGGCUGACCGCUAUGGCUUCAUUGGGGGCAGCUCAGCAGAGCCAGGGCCAGGUCACCCUCCCGCAGACCUUAUCCGGCAGAGGGAGAUGAAGUGGGUGGAGAUGACUUCACACUGGGAGAAAACCAUGUCUCGCCGGUACAAGAAGGUAAAGAUGCAGUGCCGGAAAGGCAUCCCCUCGGCCCUGCGUGCCCGGUGCUGGCCCCUGCUGUGCGGGGCUCACGUGUAUCAGGAGAACAGCCCUGACACCUACCAGGAACUGGCUAAGGCCCCAGGAGAUCCGCAGUGGAUGGAGACCAUCAGCAGGGACCUGCACCGCCAGUUCCCUCUGCACGAGAUGUUUGUGUCACCCCAGGGGCACGGGCAGCAGGGGCUCCUGCAGGUACUCAAGGCCUACACCCUCUAUCGGCCGGAACAGGGCUACUGCCAGGCCCAGGGCCCUGUGGCUGCUGUGCUGCUCAUGCAUCUGCCCCCCGAGGAGGCCUUCUGGUGCCUGGUGCAGAUCUGCGAGCUUUACCUGCCCGGCUACUACGGGCCCCACAUGGAGUCUGUGAGGCUGGACGCCGAGGUGUUCAUGGCCCUGCUGCGGCGGCUGCUCCCACGCGUGCACAAGCACCUGCAGCAGGUGGGCGUCGGCCCCCUGCUCUACCUGCCCGAGUGGUUCCUGUGCCUCUUCGCCCGCUCCCUGCCCUUCCCCACUGUGCUGCGUGUCUGGGACGCCUUCCUCAGUGAGGGUGUGAAGGUGCUGUUCCGUGUGGGGCUGACGCUGGUGCGCCUGGCGCUGGGCACCGCAGAACAGCGCCUGGCCUGCCCGGGGCUCCUGGAGACACUCGGUGCCCUUCGAGCCAUCCCCCCCGCCCAACUGCAGGAGGAGGUCUUCAUGUCCCAGGUGCACAGCGUGGCCCUGUCGGAGCAGGACCUGCAGCGGGAGAUCAAGGCCCAGCUGGCCCAGCUGCCAGAGUCGACUUCCGGGCCACCUCCUCGCAUCGUGGUGCAGCCCCCAGACGAGCCCAGGCCACCGCGGCGCAAGCCCCAGACCCGAGGCAAGACUUUCCAUGGGUUCCUGACUUGGUCCAAGGGCCCCCCUCUGACGGGCCCCCCCAGGUCCCAUCGAAGCUCCACCUCCUUCUCGGACACCCGAUUUUGAAGGUCCCACUUCUGAGGGUGCCAUGGACUCAGUGUCCCCCAACCUCAGUGACCUGAAUGGCUGAUGCCAGCCUCACAAAUGGGCACCGCACUUUAUCGCUGGGAUUUAGGGGCUCAGCCAGCCUUCUUCCUGUCCAUCAGCCAAGGGUAGUAAAUGAACCAGGAGGCAUUGGCUAGAAAUAAAUGAUUAGGAUUUAUUCAUAGUUCUUAGUGUUUGCAAACCCCGAACAUGACUGGGCAACACCCGGUGUCCGGGUGAAGAGGAGCCGAGAGCUGUGCGGAAAGCACCUCCCUGCACGGCCGGAGAAGCGCUCUUCCGGGCGGCAGGCAGGCAGCAGGCGAACAUUCUUUCCUCAGUUCCUCAUUUUCCAUAAGUCCUACCUAUAGGCAUCUCCAGGCAUUGAUGCACAACUGAGGAGCUCAGAAGUUCAACUCCUCAGGCUAAUUAAAGUGAAAUAAAGUACUUUUCCCCAUGAACCUUCCGAGCAGCUUGAUGAGCGACUCCGUUCUGAGUCAGCUUAGCUACACUGACUUCAACUUGUUUUCUUCGCUCAUUCCUCGAACGGACUGUGCCAGGCACAGGAUGAAGGAAGGUCACAGACUGGGGUUUGGGGGCCCAGGCCCACCAUCACCCCACAGAGCUGUCUCCUUGCAAGCACAGAAGUGAUGCUGAAGGAGCGUGGGGGUCAGGGUGGCCUGCUGGGCUAGGGGACCCCAAAGGACUCCUGGGGAGGCCUGGAAUAAAGUCUGAUUUAGCA